AUGGCCCCCAUGAAGAAGACGGUUCUCAUCACUGGCUGCUCCGAGGGCGGCAUGGGCGCUGCUCUAGCUGUAGCCUUUGCGGAAGCCGGCCUACACGUCUAUGCCACGGCUAGAAAUCCAUCCAAGAUGGCCAAUUUCUCACACGCUAGCAUCAAUACCUUGACACUGGACGUCUUGUCGUCAGAGUCGAUCGCCGCCUGCGUGAAUAGCAUACCAAGUCUCGACAUUCUGGUAAACAAUGCUGGCGCGAGUUACAGCAUGCCCAUCUCCGAUGUCUCCAUCAAUGAAGCCAAGCAGCUAUUCGACGUCAAUGUAUGGGCACAGCUCGCAGUCACCCAAGCCUUCUUACCACACCUAAUCAAGUCCAAGGGCAUGGUUGUUAACCAGACCUCUGUUGUCGCAGCCGCUGCUGUACCUUUUCAAUCCGCCUACAACGCGUCCAAGGCCGCCAUGUCCAUGUUCUCAGACUGCCUGCGCUUGGAGCUGGAGCCAUUUGGAAUCAAGGUCAUUGACCUCAAGACUGGCGCAGUAACAUCCAACCUGAUCAAGAACCAAAAGGCCCUGACUUCCAUCACCCUGCCCCAAAACUCCAUCUACGAGCCAGCGAGGGACGCUGUAGAGUCUGCCAUGCGCAAUGACAAAAUGGCCGAUGUGGGCACGCCCCCAGGCCAGUGGGCCAAGGAGGUCGUUGGCGACUUGCUGAGGAAGAGCCCGCCACUCGUCAUCUGGAGGGGCGCCAACGCCAAGCUUGGACGCUUUGGGACAAUGAUGCCUCAUGGUAUGAUGGACUCGACCAUCAAGAAGAUGACUGGGCUCGACGUGGUCGAACAAAGGGUACGAAAGUACUAG